UAGUCACUAUGCACUCAAAUGCUUAUGCUUCUGUUAGCUUCAGCUUCAUUUGAAAACGAACCUCUCAACAUGAAAAUUGAACUCAAUCUUUAACUUCCCGUAAACCCUAAUCCCCAUUGUUCACAUUGCAGAAAAAAACUCUAGAAUCCAUAACCAAGAGUGGAAAUGGCAAUGCUUCCCCUCACAAACCCUAAUGAGCUUCUCUCAUCCUCCUCCAUUCCCACUCCAAUUCGCCACAAUGCAUUGUCAUCCUCCUCCUUUUCCCUCAGAAAAUGCGUUUCUCUAAAUCCUACAACAAGAAGAAUCAGCACCCCAGACCCCCUACGACGUCGUUUUGGGCCAGUUACCUGCACCUUCGCGCCCAUUGACAACGCCAAGAUUAAGGUUGUCGGUGUUGGUGGCGGCGGCAACAAUGCCGUUAACCGCAUGAUUGGUUGCGGAUUACAAGGUGUAGAUUUUUAUGCUAUAAAUACUGAUGCUCAAGCACUGUUGCAUUCUGCUGCUGAGAAUCCUAUCAAAAUUGGAGAACUUCUGACCCGUGGUUUAGGUACUGGUGGGAAUCCACUUUUGGGGGAACAAGCUGCUGAGGAAUCAAAAGAAGCUAUUGCUAAUGCUCUUAAAGGCUCAGAUUUGGUGUUUGUAACUGCUGGCAUGGGCGGGGGUACAGGGUCUGGUGCUGCGCCAGUCGUGGCUCAAAUAUCAAAGGAGGCAGGUUACUUGACUGUAGGUGUUGUUACAUAUCCCUUCAGCUUUGAAGGACGCAAAAGAUCGUUACAGGCACUUGAAGCCAUUGAAAAGCUGCAGAAAAAUGUGGAUACACUUAUAGUGAUUCCAAAUGACCGUCUGCUUGACAUAGCUGAUGAGCAGACUGCGCUGCAGGACGCUUUCCAUCUUGCAGAUGAUGUUCUACGGCAGGGAGUACAGGGGAUAUCAGACAUCAUAACAAUACCUGGCCUUGUAAAUGUGGAUUUUGCUGAUGUAAAAGCUGUGAUGAAAGAUUCUGGAACUGCAAUGCUUGGAGUAGGUGUUUCCUCCAGUAAAAACCGUGCAGAAGAAGCUGCUGAACAGGCUACUUUGGCUCCUUUAAUUGGAUCAUCUAUUCAGUCAGCUACUGGGAUAGUAUAUAAUAUUACUGGAGGAAAAGACAUAACUCUUCAGGAAGUGAAUAGAGUGUCUCAGGUCGUGACAAGUUUAGCCGAUCCUUCUGCCAAUAUUAUAUUUGGGGCUGUUGUUGAUGAUCGCUACAAUGGGGAGAUUCAUGUGACCAUGAUUGCAACUGGCUUCUCACAGUCCUUCCAGAAGACACUACUAACAGAUCCAAGGGCUGCAAAGCUGCUUGACAGAUUACCAGGGGGCCAAGAAAGCAAGGCAACUUCCCCUCCCCUCAAUGCCUCAAAUAUUCCAUCAACUGUUGCAUCUAGAGCAUCCCCACGAAAGCUCUUCUUUUAAUUGCUUAGUUCUACUCUUUUUAGUUUAGUCAUUUAGCUGUGGAAUGACAAUACUCUUCCCUCGAAUAUCUACUCUGUUUUUGCAAACUCCCCACUUUCUUUCUUUUCUCCAAGAAGUUGGCUUUUUCCUA